UCAGAUGAGAACCCAGUAUCUAGAAGGGCGAUUGGCAGAAGCUGUCGCUGUAUCUGACAGUCUCCGGAAGGAUGUAGACGCGAUGGCGGAGUGGAUCCAGCGCAUCUAUGACCAUCUCGAUUCAUCAGUAGCGCCAUCUGCCCCUACCGAAAACUGUUCACAGGAACGCGGCGAGUGAUCUCGGUUCGGAAACCGUCAAGUGCUGGAAACCGUUAUGGAUUGGUGUAAGUGUAUGGAUGAUUGCAUAUAUCUACACAGGUACCUGUUCAUGUAGUAGUAAAG